AUGUUUAUAGAUAUCAGCCACACAUUUAAAUUGUUUAAUGAGACAGAAUAUGAGAAGCAAAGACGAGGAAGCAGUAUAUUUUUGAAAAUGUUUCCUAGACUUGCAACAAGGCAUAUAAUCCCUAGUGCUGCAGAUGUACCCUCUUGUGAAGUUAAAAAGGUUUAUCCAUAUAGAAAUAGUCCACAUUUUACAUUGUAUGGUAUAAACAAAACGUUCACUGCCGUAUUGACUGGAUAUCCACCUAACACAUUACCAUCUGAUUUUAAACCAAACAAAGGCUAUUUGUAUGGAUGGAGUGGGACUAUUCGACCAGAUUCUUGGGAUAAAGCCCACUUUUCGUUUUUCAGAGACUAUGCAGUUGUACCACCUAGGAAAGGGAUAACACUGGAAUACUGCGCCCACAUUUACUCACCCGCACUAUCAAUAAAUCAAUCCAUAAACGAUGCAUUAGGAACUAAUUAUAACUCUGAUAAAAGGGAUUUUGGAAAUGAUGAUAAUCUAAACUCAAUCAUAAUAAAGGGUAACGGUAGGAAUUCUAAGAAGAUAAUGUCAUGCUGCUUCCUAAUACAUGGUUAA